AUGACGGGAGAGUCAGAAACGCAGACCAGUUCUCCAGCACACACACACAACACAGAUCAAACAAUCGCACAAAGACAACAACCCAACGGAACAACUGCACAAGAGGCUCUCAGUACCACUAAGAGGGGGUCCAAUAUAGACUCGGAUAGGACAACUGACACUGACACUGACACUGACACUGACGCCAGCGGUGACACCAAGGAAAAGAUGCGUAGCAACCGUUCACAUAAGAACAGUGCUUCAGAUAAUACGACAGCUGAUGAUAAAGCCCAUAGUAGCGAGGGUAAGACCAAUGCUAAAAAUAGCACACUUUUAGGCGCAAACCACUGCGCGACCGCACCUCUAACCACAGCCACAGCCACAGCCACAGCCACAAGUCCCCUACUCAACCUGGAGAGGGUAAAGGGGAACAGGGCCAAUACUAGUAACCACGCAUACGACACCCAGGACACGCCAGGUAUCGCCACAGCACCCCCCCACACAGACGCACCAGCGUAUACGGCACAGACCAAUGGCAAGCAGCAGGACAACACGACCAAAAGCGGGACGGAAAGCGGGACGGGGACCGGUACGGAGAGGAGGGAGGGGGAUGGCUCAGCACAGCCACAGAGUCAUCAACCACAGACACAACCUAUGCACCACACAAACACAGCUAAUGCACCGCAGAACAACGUCCACCACUCGGCAGACGGACACAGUCGGCAGAGCAGUGAACAGGCCGAGGCACAAGACACGCACUCACACACAGCACACCAACACAACACACAGCAAAGGAAGACACAGAAUGGCAUGCAACACGAUGGGCCGUUAACGAAGGAGGCGGUCAUCAAGCGAGAGGUGGGUAUUUACUAUGCUGUGACGAAUGCGCCCAGUGCUUGA